GGAAGGUUGCCAAGUACGGGUUCCGUCCGAGAGCGCUGCCGAGUUGUAGAGACCGACCGACGGACGGACGCUGGAUACGAGCCGUGGACCCGUACCGACUGUUCAAUUUCAGUAUUGUUUGUGACCGUAACAACAAGAAGAUGCCACUGGGUGAAGACUGCCAUGCCUGGAAAAAGAGGACCACGGAUGUGAAGGAUCAGUAUGACUUCAAAGAGGUCCUGGGAACGGGAGCGUUCUCUGAGGUGGUUCUGGCUGAGGAGAAGAGGACCCAGAGAUUGGUGGCUAUCAAGUGUAUCCCCAAGAAGGCUUUAGAGGGCAAGGAAAACAGCAUUGAGAAUGAGAUAGCAGUCCUGCACAAGAUUAAACAUGCCAACAUUGUAUCUCUGGAAGAGAUAUUCGAAAGUAAAUCACACCUCUACCUUAUCAUGCAACUGGUGUCAGGCGGGGAACUCUUUGAUCGUAUCAUAGAGAAGGGCUUCUACACGGAGAAAGAUGCCAGUAAGCUCAUUCAGCAGAUUCUAGACGCUGUCAAAUACCUCCACGACAUGGGCAUUGUGCACCGUGACCUCAAGCCGGAGAAUCUCCUUUACGACAGUAUGGAUGAAGACUCCAAGAUCAUGAUCAGUGACUUCGGUCUGUCUAAAAUCGAGGGCUCUGGCAGUGUGAUGUCAACAGCGUGCGGAACCCCUGGAUAUGUUGCCCCUGAAGUCUUGGCUCAAAAACCCUACAGCAAAGCAGUGGACUGCUGGUCUAUUGGUGUUAUAGCCUAUAUUCUGUUGUGCGGUUACCCUCCGUUCUACGAUGAGAAUGAUGCCAAACUGUUCGAACAGAUCCUGAAGGCAGAGUACGAGUUUGAUUCUCCUUACUGGGAUGACAUCUCUGAAUCAGCUAAAGACUUUAUAGUCCACCUGAUGCAGAAGGACCCCAACAUCCGAUACACCUGUGAUCAGGCUCUGCAGCACCCCUGGAUCGCUGGGGACACUGCUUUGGAAAAGAACAUCCACGAGUCCGUCAGUGCUCAGAUCAAGAAGAACUUUGCUAAGAGCAAGUGGAAGCAAGCAUUCAACGCCACAGCUGUGGUCCGUCACAUGAGGCGUCUCCAGCUGGGCACCAGUAGCGAGGGACCCAACCCCAGUCUGCCGGAGGAAGAUGCAGAGGCCUGUGAGGGAGGGUGCUCCCAGAAGGUCGAUGGAGGAGCUGAACCCAUCUCCAACUGCUCCUUUCGCUGCCACCCGACCAGCAGGGUGUGAUACCUGCACCUGCUCCACUUACGUACCUGACCAAUCCCAGCAUUUUUCAAAAUUGAACCCCCUCGGUGGAACUGGAGGCACCAUUUCCCCUCCCCCCGCCCCCUUAUCUGGUUAGGAAUACCGCGUAAUUCCAACCUCACGCCUGCAGGGGGGGCAAGCCUGUCCAGCCUGAGAAGGGGAUUAAAGGAGGAGUAGGGAGACUUGAGGUUAAUCAUGCACCGAUGGAUUACUUAAACGAACCGGGCUGGUAGUUUGGGAUAAGAUGAAAUGGGGAGGGGAUACAAAGGAAAGAGGAAGAUAACCUUCUCCCCCAGAGAGUCAGGGGAUUGUUUUUGCAGAAGCAGGACAGAGCUUGUUGGACAGUGUUUUUACCCAUGGUCAUUGAGUCAAUUUCUCCUUUUGUUUGUUUUAUUGUUUUAUAUAUUUCUCGGUUGUCUUUUUAACGUCCAGCAGUGAAGUGCAAAUCCAGAGACAAUGUCUGCAUGAUCAGGAGAGAGUCUCCCCCGCCCCCCCGUUGCAUGUUCUGUCAUCUUAGAAAUAUAUCCUGUCGCAGGUAUGCAGUAAUGCAGUACAAUGCAAAUGAUGGGGUGUUGUGUGCAAAGUUGUUAAAGGAUGAACAGUAUAGAGAAUUUAGCCAUGAUGCGGUAUAUAAAAUCAAAUUGAGUCGAAUCUUCUGCAUUCUGUGUCUUUAAGUCAAGCUUUUAGACAAUCGGUACGGAAUAGUUUAUGCAAUGAAAACUCCAUUGAUCUACUCUGUAGCCUUUUUUGAGGCGAUGUAGUGUUUCCAUGCUGCGGUUAGGUUUUUUUGAGAGGCAACGGUUUCUCUUUUCUCAACCCAGAACCCCUUUAACCACUCAAGCACAGGGAUAUAUCUUUGUCUAAGGUGCCUUUACAAUGAGAAAUAUAUUUUCUGGUGGCGUCUGAAGUUUUUUGUCGGUUUCUUAAAGGACUUUUGUAUGUAUCACAUUUCAUGCUUUUUGUCUCCUAUUUGUGUACUGUAAUCUCAUAUGGCAGGGCUUGCAUACAUACUGUACACUGACAUUAUAGUUAAAGGGAUAUUAAGAGGAAUUUGAAACAAUAAUGUAAUUUCUAGCAAGCUUCACUUAUUUUUUUUUAUUUUUUUAUCCCUUCUGGAUGUUUUUUGGAAACAUUAUUUACAUUUAGCCAGCUCCCUCAAUGAUACAGAUUAGAGUACUGUGUUCAUGCAUUUAAAUAUUCACUUUGCAAAAUAAUUGUACUUGCAAACCUUAAACAUAUUAACACACCUUAUGCUGGAGACUAGGCCCACUUUGAAGGUUUAUGUUGGUUGUGUCAAUGCAAAAAGUCUAAACAAAAACUGGAACCAAAAUUUGAUAUGCAUCUGUUAAUGUGUACUGUAAUUGUACCCUUUGUCUCUUCAUACAUUAUUUUACAGGCACAUUUUCUCCUCGAGCAGCCUGCUUAGAAAGGAAUCUCAGAUUAAAGGAUUUAAAUAUGCAUCAGAUUGACUCACUUCAUCUUUACUGACCACCAUCGGGGUUUUAUGUUUGUAUGUGCAUUAAGAGUACAUAUUCUUAAAACCUGCAUAGACAAACUAAUAGCAGUGUUGGCUCUUUCAUAAUGUACAUUUUUAACCGUAGAAUAGUGUGGAGAGGAGCUUAAUGCACAUUUGUUUGAAUUCUAGGUACUUUAUUUUAAGUACUGAUAAGGAACUGAAGAACGAUACAUGCAUCCAUCCUCUGCUUGCUUCAUCCAGUCCUUGAAAGAUCGCAGUUUAAUUGUUUAAUUCUCUCUUUAAUACAUUUGGACAUUUACUGAUGUGAUUUGCAUGAUGUGGUUUGAACUUGUCAAUUGCAUUGAUCAACAAUGAAUAGUACUGUUGUAACGUCGUCAUGAGAUGAGGGCUUUGAAAAGGAGAUAUUUUGUCAGAAUUUGUAUACUUUUAACAAGUUCAAUAUUCUCAUCAAAAGUUUCUCAUGCAGAUAUGAAUAGUAUCGAGUAUUAAAAGAAUAGUAAAGAGCGACAAACGUAUUAACAUUUCAAAACAAGUUAAAAAUGCUGCUUUAAAAGAGAUGACCUUGUGUUCCUAUCGGAUAGACGUUGUCAUGUAUUUGGACGUAAAGUAUGGUUCAAAGAGUAUUUUAUACCCCUGGGAUGUUCAGUGCGAAUUGUUUGUACUUUGAAUUUCUGUGACUGAGGAAGACGAGAGCAGCAAAGCUGAGGCAUGGAGGCAGUUGGCAGACAAAAUCAAUUUAUCUCCUGGCAAUAAAAACAAAUCUGCUUAUUUUGACAUAUAGCCACAAAUCCUGUCCUCAUUUCCAGCAGUGCAAUUACGCUCCUGUGUUUUGGCUACAGAUUAUUAAUUUAAUUGAUUGUAAAAGAUUUACAAGCACAGUUAAUCCAAACACUACUCAAAACAAAUGUGUUUCCCCACAAACCCUGAAAUGAAUUUCAAAGAAUACUGAAGUGAUUAGGUUUGACGUUUCUCUUUUGAACACAUUAAUUGCUUGUAAUGAAUGACCGAUGUGUAAUUAGAGUAUUCGUACCAUAAAUAUGUUGCCUUUUGAGAAAUGCUGUUUUGGGCUGCAGUACCUGCAGUAUACAGAUGAUGAUGAUGAUGUGUUGUUGAAACUGAUUUGUAAGUGAAACAUACAUUAAAAUAUCUGUCUAUGCAUUA